GGAGGGGGAUAGCAAUUUGGAGUCACCCAGGAGCUUUUUCAAACAUCAGGACCCCUGGGUGCGAGAAAGAACUCUUUGUCCUUGUGUGAUGAUUUACAGUUUGUAGAAGAAUUUCACAUACAGUAUCUCACUUGCCACUUUUCCUGUUUCGCAGGUAAAAUCAGUCCAGGGAAUCGAUGGAAUUUGCCCCAAGUGUUGCACGCAGCAAGCUGGCAGUAAGGACCCGGGUACUGGCAGAUGGGGAUGGCAGUUCUCACUCUCUGUGCGUGAAGGCCAGAAGCCAGGGAGCCCGGAGUGACUGUGGAUUCUCCGGACACCUCUACAGCCCCAUCCCCUCCUGGCUGAGGCAGCGCCAGCCCCGCUUCAGGCACAAGGUCACUGCCUUCUUGGGGCCCCGGCAUCUCCUGAGUGCUGCAUGGUCCAGGGCUUCCAGCCUGGGAUGGGAGACGGAUCUAGUUGUGAGUCCAGAGACUCCUGCCUCCCAGAGCCAGGCAUCCCCUUUGUGGUCUGCAGAGCACUGGCGGGUGCCCGGCUCGGUCUCCCUGUGA